AGCAUAAUCGCAAAUCAGAUAACUCCGAGGUCAACACCAUUCGCCGCCUCACUGUUAUCUAUCUCAUAUAUCAUAGCAUUGUUCUGUUUUCUAACGUUACCAGUGAAAUGAAGAAACCAGACGCUAUCCAGGAGUUAUAGCCUGUUCUUUAGCCUCGGUAGUUAUUGAGAGGCGCGGGAGUGGCCCGCAAUCCUACAUAUUACUUCCGCACAUCACCUUUGCCAUAGACACCUUCGUAUAUCUACCUAGGUAUACCCAAACUACACAUUAUGGCAACGACGCAACUCAAACCAAACAGUCCGCGAUUCUCUCUAAAAUUCCGCGUCGUAAGCGAUGGCCUCGAAAGCGCCAAGGCGCAGGCCCUCAACCGAGCCGGCGUCCACGCCCACGGCGGCUCAUUCCCACUUUUCCCAAACCUACCCCCGGAACUACGCCUCAAGAUAUGGGAGUAUCUCAUCGCGCCGCGCAUCGUAGCCAUCGCCUGUCUAGACGCCGAAGCGCCCCCGCCGUCCGAAGAGCCAGAGGAGCCAUGGACCAGCUUCCCGUCGCUCUCCCAAUCCCCUACCGACCCCCCUCCGGCCACUAUCCCCGUCCUCCUGCUCAUAAACCGGGAGACGCGGAGCCUAGCCCUAAAACACUACGAGCCGGCAUUUAGCUGGAAAGUGCCACACGUGCUCCUCUCGAGCACGCACUCCAUCACGCCCUUCCAACCCUUCACGUCACCCCCCUCCCUCUCCUCCCCUUCCCCCUCCUCUUCCUCACGCUUACCCCAUUCUUCCUCAUCCUCCAACCCGAACCCCAAUCCGAACUCCAGCCCGGGAUCCACCUGGUCGCCCCCCAGCGCCUGGUUCAACUUCGCCCUCGACGCGGUGUAUCUGUUGGGCGAGCUGGAGCCGUGCGACAGCUUCGGGUUCAACAGCCCGACGGCGUACUUCCUGUCGCGCGAGGAGGCGCUGCGGGUGCGCCGCCUCGCGGUCGCGUUCGCGGCCCUGGGGUACGGCGAGAGCGGGCCGCAGCACAUCUUCGGGGCGCUUUUUCACGUCGUGGACCGGUUCGCGGGCGUUGUAUCCGGCGACGGUGGGGGUGGGGGGAAGGUGUUGGUUGCUGUGGCGCCGAGGGAUGAGCUUACGCAUGCGCUUGUUGGGGGGGAGGGGGUGUUGGUUAGGGAUGGGGAUGGGGAUGGGGAUGGGAGGAGGGGAGAGGAGGUUAAUGUCGUGCAGAAGAUUUGGCGGGACUGGUAUAGGGGCUCGAUAGUCACGUCGUCGUUGGCAAAUGUGCAGUUUGAGUUGGUGAGGGAGCCGGAUUUGCCAGAGCAUAUCGCGAAGCCGAUCAGACCUGUUAGAAGCGAUUUAUAGGUAGACAUAGCAUUUGCUAGACGAAUGAUCGCGAGUAAAUUUACUUAGAGCUGGUUCAAAAUGGUUUACUGAUUUACAUCGUCUAUAUACACUGCCCUCCUUUUAGGUUGAGUGGUGACUGGCUC